AUGGGCAAGCUGCCCCCGAAGCCAAACGAUCCGUGGCAUCCGGAUCGUAUCAAGGCAGAGAAAGCGGGCAUAUAUAUGCCAUUGGUACCGCCGUCCACCACCGAAACCAAGACAGGGGGUUACAGCCCUUGUGGGAUGCCGCCCCCCUCACCGGACCCGGAAGUGUUGAACAGAGAAGAGCAAUGGGGUCCGGCUUUAGAUCCGUCCUCUAGCUCCUCUGCCAGUGGUUCUAGCGACAGCGACGAGGAUUCGUCUCCGUCGACGCCAAAGGCGUCCAAGAAGAGGAAGAGAUAUGAGGAGCAGUAG